UAUCUAUGUUCCCAUCUUCGUGACGUUUUGACGUGCUACUUUUACGAUUAUUAAGCCGACGAUAUAUGAAACAUGGAGAACUCAACUAUAGCUUGCAUCGGGAAGAGUAUCAUAGAUGGUAUAGAAGCAGCUCUGUCCAAUCCGGUUGGCAUACAACAUUUCAGAAACUACUUGGAGAUAAGAGGACUACUUGAUUUAAUGAACGACAUUAGAUGCUUGAACUUAUACAAAAUCGGCUGCGUGUUUAUAGAUGAAUUGUGGGAGGAACCGCUGCUGGAAGACUUAAUAGACAAAGUCCAGGCAAUGUUAAAAAAGGCGGAAGAAUUGGAAGGUGUUACUGAAAUAGAUAGGGCUCUUCUGGAGAGUCUCAUUGAAGCUAUAAAUAGUAAGUCGAGCUCUGCAUUGUUAGCUGUUCUAAAGGACAUCAUAGAUCGGUGUCGAAAUCUUUUGAAGGAAAUCCAUAAGGAGUACACGAAAUACGUGUCAGAGCCGCAUCCACUCACAAAAUGAUCAACGAGUGAAUAUUUGUAACUAGCAUUCCUUCGCGCAUUGACCGACCCAUGGUCUCACAGUUGUAUUUUAUUGAGGAA